UCUGUGUUUGCACAGAGAGAAAGAGAGAGAGAGAGGCCUGGAAUGGCAUGCUUUGAGAGAGCAUCACCAGCACUGAAGGAUAUUCUGCUCAGACUGCACAGAGCCAAAAGGCCUAUGGAGCUUGAUCAUCACUUGCAUGAGUUUGGGUCGGUGGAAUAUCACAUUCAGUCUUCAGCAUCUGAUCCAUACAUCACAUACUUGUCGAUAUCGACCCCAUUGCUCUCUCAUGGAGCCCUGCUCUCACAUGAGCUACCACAUUCAACUAUAGAGAUGGUAAAAGGAAUUUCUUCAGAUGUUGUGAAGAUUAUAGAACCUGCAAGAGAAGGAUACCAGCUUACUCUGAGACUCGACCUCGAUAAAAUUCCACGUGGCAAAGGAUCUGUGAAGAUGAUCACAGAAAUUUCCACGGUACAAGCAGCAAUGCUAAGCUCUCAGCUGAAAGAAAUGUUGAUGAAUGUUGGUUCCCAGGAAGCAUUUCAAGGAAUGUACAGACCAAUCAAGCUAAUUUAUCACCCAAGAGAGCCAUUCUAUGUCGUCAAACAGCCAGCAAAAAUUACUGCAGUAUUCCCAAUGCGUUUCAAAGACGAUUCAGAUGUGAUAAUUGCGACAGCAUUCUUUCAGGAACUCAUGGAUGUGGGAAGUUCGAAAGCAUGGGCUAAAGCACCUCCUUGCAUCUGGUCCCCCAUUCCACCUCCUGAAUUAAGAGGUGAACCCAUUGAAGACUUGAGCACCAAUGGAGGAUUUGUCGCUUUUGAUAUUUCGUCGCAUCAUCUUGAAGGCAAAAGGGUAGACAAGACCGUGUGGAGCCUUUUAAACUUCUAUGCCUUUGUAAAAUAUCAUGUGAAGAGCACUAGAGGUUUCAUACAGAGAAGGAUGAGAAGCCGCAUGGAUAGCCUGGUUGAGGUCCUGCAGAAGGCAAGCAUGGAGGAAGAUCAACGUGUAAAGAAGGUCCAAGGAUGUAGGCAUAUGAAGAAACUAGUUGGUUUCACAAGAUCCAAGACAGCACGACGAAGAUGUGGUUUCGCCAAUAAGAUCAAGAGAAUCCGCUCCAGAAUCAAAAUCUGUCGGUUUGAUCGUUUCCAUAGAAUGUCAAUCCCCAAGUUUUCUUCAAAAACAAAAUACAGAAAACUAGACUAGCUUUGUUUUUCCCUUUCUUUUCCUCCCAAACAAUUAUUUGUAACAUGUUGAUUGCAAUUAUAACUUUUAUAACAGCAUAUGGAGAACAGAACAGGGAUCUGUGAUUCAUUUGCUGUAACAGCACAGUAUAUGAAUAGAUAGUUGACUCAUUUAAGUUGCAAAAUCAA